AUGGCAAAGGCCCUCGACGACAAUAAUGUUCACACUGUCAUCUCGGCCCUGCGUGUCUUUGAUCCAGCUUCCUCCGAGGCAGAGAGUAACCUCGUGAAAGCGAUAGCCAAAGCCAACACUCCGAAACGGUUUAUCGCAAGCGCAUGGGGUAUCGAAUAUGCCGAGACAACGCCAGUCGGCCAAGCGCGAGGCCGCACUUUAGUCGAACUCCGCAAGACAAACCUUGAGUGGACUCGUUUCGACAACGGGUUCUUUCUUGACUAUCACGGUCCGCCGACGUUGAAAUCAUAUAUGCAGAGGGUUGCUUGGGCUAUUGAUAUCGCGAACAAAAAGGCCGGAAUUCCUGGGACGGGAAAUGAACCGAUGACGUUCACGUAUACCUUCGAUGUCGCCAAGUUUGUGGUUGCAGCUUUGGAUCUGCCCCAGUGGGAGGAAUUGAUGUAUUGCUACGGCGAAAAGACGACGUGGAAUAAGUUCCUGAAGCAGGCAGAGGAUGCUAUAGACUCCAACUUCGAUGUCGCGUAUGAUCCUGCCGAGAAGCUAGAGAAGGGAGAGGUUGCUGAACUUCCUUUCAACAGAAAGGCGGCUGAUUUUCCUCAGAAGGUGCUAGAAGGUCUCAUGUCACUCUGGGGCCUCUAUGUACUCGAGGGAAAGUACGAUCUGCCGACGGACAAGGCUCUGAACAAUGUAUUCCCAUAUAUCCAUCCAUUGAAGGUGGAGGAUGUACUGGGAUUGUGGCAGUGA